AUGCAGUUAGUGUCUUUCGUUUACAGCUUUGAGUUUGUGGGACAGAACAAAAUCGUCACUAAAGACAAACGAAUCCAAAGAGUCGACAUUGCACCGGCUGACAGAAUUGUUGUCCAGAAUAACGACCUAAUAGGGGUGUACUACGGCUACAGAAGAGGUGGAAUCCCCUAUGGCAGAUGUACGGACAGCUCCGUGCAGGUGGUCUACAGUAAAAUACAUUAUUCCAACGCCGACAGGUUCACCGUCGGAAGGGUUGUUGAGUUCGGGACGAGUGUCAGCUGCAGAGUGUUCUCUCUCACCGCCAUUGUAGGCCCGGUGUGUGACCUUGGCGCGACUUUGGCAUACUUGGUGUGCAGGUGUGUGACCUUGGAGUCACAUUGGGGCAGGGGUGAGACAUUGGCAUACUUGGUGCAGGUGUGCGACCUUGUUGAGGUAGAAGCUUCAGAGAAGCAACACGUCAGAUCAGUACAAGUUGUAUGUACCCGACGUGGAUCAGUGGACCCGUUUCUACAAGCUGCAAGCACAAGCUCCAGCUCCUAUGACUCCUAUAUCUCCUAUGACUCCUAUAGUUCAUUUGGUCCGGGUCCUAUAGCUCCUAUAGCUCCGGCUCCUGUGGCUCCUGCUCCUAGGCCUCCUGCUCCGGCUCCUAGGGCUCCUGCUCCGGCUCCUAGGGCUCCUGCUAAUGCUCGCAUCGCUCUUAUGACUCCUGCUGCGGCGCCUUGGGCUCCUGCUCAUAUAGCUCCUGCACCGGCUCCUAUGGCUCCUGCUUUCCUAAUCCAUCCCUUCACCAUGAUCGUGUCGGGAUCCACGUCGUGUAGAAAGAGUUAUUUGGUGAUGAAGCUUCCCAUCCUACUCGGAUUGAUAUGCCUCUGUCAUUGCAUCGAACAGGACUCGCUGCACCGACGUGAUGCUGAAGACGACGACGGUAAUGAGGAGAACGAUUUCCACAUCGUGAACCACAACGGGGUCCAACACGUACACCACGACGGAGAGAUUACAUUGGAUACCCACAACAACAAAUAUCAGAACAAGCUCCUGGAAGAAGAAGAACAAGAGGAAAGAGCGGCGAAGAUCGCGAAAUACCGAAAAGAACAUCCUGAUGCCCCACUACCUGACCCUGAUGAUGACCUUUCUGAUUUGCCUCCAUCACCUGGGAUGGGUAGCCAUAAUAGGAAGAGAUUUGUCGUGGGAUCUACCGACAAACGAUGGCCAAUGGGUAUCAUACCCUUUGAAUACACAUCUGACAUUGAUGCAUCCAAACAGAAGGAGAUUGAGAUAGCGCAGCGUAUAUAUGAGAAAUACACGUGUUUUCGUUUUCAUCCAUGGACGAAGGAUGUGACUUCUUCUCAGUUUGGGAUCAACCAUGAAAGUCAUCUGAAGUUUGUGUCACGUAAUGGAUGCUGGUCAGUGCAAGGACGUUCACGUAACCGCAACGGUCAAAAUAUAUCGUGUUGUAACAGGAGUCCCUGCGUCCAUGAACUGGGACAUGCAUUGGGAAUGUGGCACGAGCACCAGAGUCCACUAAGAGACGACUGGAUUCGAGUGAACUGGAAAAACAUCAAGAAAGAUUCCUGGAAAUGGUACAAAAAAGUGGCUUCUGAUUCUAUCAUUACAUAUGGUUAUGAUCUUUCCUCAAGGAUGCAUUAUGGCACUUAUGGAUUUAACGUUGGUGGCCGACCUACUAUGACUGUGUUGUAUGAUGAGCUAAGCAUUAAAGGUGAAACCUUCUACAUGUUCUAUGAGGCUGUCACAGCUCACGAUUGCAAAGGCUUGUACUGUUCGGAUUUCACAACUGAAUGCGUUAACGAUGGCUACGUCACCCAGAUCGAUGGAGUCUGUUCGUGUAUGUGUGUAGAGGGACUGAACCGAAGCACAGGGUGCUCAACUGUCAUGACAAGUGAUCCAGGCAUCUCCACGUGGCCGGGUGGAAGCUACGCACUUCUCUCAGCUAUCGAUGGCUGUCCGGACGGAUUUACAGAGGGAAACUACACACACUGGAGUGAUGGGGGCAGCAUGAAGUCGUCGAGUUUCCACCUUGCUGGCGAUUUCCAGUCUAAAUAUACAACUUACUCGUUCUGCGUCAUGGAGAACAAUAACAGUGGCGGCAAGUGGCCAAGGGGAGCGUACUGUAUCAUGAGAAAAUCAGGAACCUGCCCUGAAGGUUUCUCCGAGGGAUCUGCUAUUUACGACGACGAGAUUCGAUCAGCUGACCAGAACAAGACGAUCAACGAACCGAUUCCGGAUGGUGUUUUUGACGACAACACAAAGUUUUUUUACUGUUGUAGGGAUGAUGGGUUCCGCAAUGACCCAAUAGACAUUCCAAACUCGAAGCCAUUAGUACUUUUGCGGUAUGGAAAGUGGUACCAACAUUGCCAAGAGGUAAAAGGCAUGUACGCGACAGAGGAGAAAUACACAUUUGACAAUCACAAUGAGGGAGUUAGUAAUCUAACUGGAUCUUACCCAUAUAUCUCGUUAUCCUAUUCGAAAUACAAUGUGCAUUUUUGUUACUACAGUCCCUACAACAAAGACUGUGGUGGAAUCAUCGACCUAACAGAGACAGAACCAAGUAAAACCUUCACCAGUCCUGGCUUCCCCAACAACUACGCACCUGAUAUGGAGUGUCACUGGCUAAUUAAGGCACCUGAAAACACAACGAUCGUUCUCAACUUCAAUGAUUUUGACAUCGAGAGAUCAGGAGAAACCUGCAAAGAUUCUCUAGAAAUACGUCACGCCAGGCUCGGACAGUCAGGACCUAAAUAUUGUGGUGACGGCAUGGAAGCAAGCGUACGGAGCAUUUACAACACGUUGAAAUUAAGACUACGGACAAACAUGGCUGGAUCGAACAAAGGAUUCAACGCAACAGUAGAUGUUAUAUUCCCUGAAGAUCUGUGCUACAGUCUUGAAGACAAGGGGGCGUCCUACCGCGGCAACGUCAACUUCACCCGUGACAUGAAGGUCUGUCUCCCGUGGGCGGAGACGACGUCGUGUCGUCACAAUCCCUUUAAUCCAAAAGACUUCGGCAAGGGGCUGGAUAAGAACUAUUGCCGUAACCCUGACAACACUGCCGGAACAUGGUGUUACACCGAUCUUAAUGGUUGUGACAGGAACUACUGCGACCCAUGUCUUUUCGAAAACAUGUAUGAUACAGCUGACGAUUGUGUAGACGAAGGACCAGAUUUUUGCACAAGUCACCCGAAUGCUUUCACCAGAUGCGGUUUGACCUGUGAGGACACCUUCCUGGCUCACCUUCCUGAUAUACCUGUGGCCUCUUCUGACAUACAAUGUUCAAGUCCGUCCGUUGCUGAUUCUGACGUGUUAUUAACAAAGACGACGUUUGACGUUGGCGAAGAGGUGGAGCUCCGCUGUCGUAGUGACAACGGGACGACAUCAGCGACGUGUCUCACCAGCGGCUCCUGGUCAGUGGGCAUCUACGUGUGUGGAGCUUGCCCCGCUGGAUGGGUAGCACACAAAGGCCACUGCUACAAGUACUUCCCAGACAAACUCAAGUACUCUGAGGCGGAGACUGCGUGUGCCAGCCAUGGCGCUAUACUAGCUCCGACUCCGGACAAAGAGACUCUCGACUUUGUCGUGUCCUUGAGAGUCUACCUUCGGAAGAUGUGGUUAUCAGCCAAUGACCGUGAAACAGAGGGCCAGUGGGUGUGGCCUGAUGGAACGAAUGUAACGUACACCAACUGGGCAGCAAAUCAGCCGAACAAUUGGAAUGAUGAAGAUUGUGCUGUCAUCGGUGGUGAAGACAGAGACAACACUUGGAAGGACGUGGACUGUGUGUGGUACAACAACCACCCCUUCGUGUGCAGGAAGACUAAAACAGUCCCAUCUGUCUGUGAAAACCGAAUUUCAGGAUGUGAGGAAAUACUGGACGAGAACCCUAACGUUUGUAAUGAUCACGCGGAAUAUGCAGACAAUGAAUGCCGUUUCACGUGUGGAAAAUGUCCCAGUGAUGCUGAUACAGCGACAGUGUGUAUUGCUCCAGAGCCCAGUGCCAACGUGACUCUUGUGUCAACAAGUAAAAACAUGACGACGGGUUCGGUUGUCACAUACGACUGCCAGGAUGGAUAUAUACUCGUGUCCGGCAACUUAGUCCGCGCUUGUCACCAUUGUGGGUUGUUGACAGGAAAGACACCAGUUUGCCUUGCAUUAAGCGACACUGUUACUCCGAAUAAUGCUGUGGAUCUUAGAGACCGGGCAUCAGUUGGAUACAAACGAUUCGUGUUCACGGGAAACACCGACGACUUCCGAAUCGAACGUGACGGAGAAAUCCGAAGCUGGCAUUUCUACAGCAAGCACGCAGGGGAUGUGGCGCUGCAAGUCUGGAGACCCAAAACAGAAUUAGGAGAAUUCAGCUUUGAGUUUGUGGGACAGAACAAAAUCGUCACUAAAGACAAACGAUUGCAAAGAGUCGACAUUGCACCGGCCGACAGAAUUGUUGUCCAGAAUAACGACCUAAUAGGGGUGUACUACGGCUACAGAAGAGGUGGAAUCCCCUUUGACAAGUGUUCAGACAGCUCCGUGCAGGUGGUCUACAGUAAGACGUAUUACUCCAGCGCCGACAAGUUCACCGUCGGGAAGGUCGUCCAGUUCCGCACUAGCUUCAGCUGUCGUGUCUUCUCUCUCACCGCCCUUGUUGGCCCCAAGAGUACAUGAAGCUCAACGUAAACCAAAUGCUGUCCAGUCAUAGAUGCUUCUACGAGUCAAGAAUUGUAGUUUGACUAAUCACAAUAAAAUCAUACAAAAAUA